AAGUUUCAUCGAAACUAUAAAUUUGUGGAUCAUUUAUAAAAUGCGUGCGGCUCUGCUUCUCGGUUUUGUUGGUUUAGCUACGGCUCUCAGGGUUGUCCUCCCUGAGGAUGGAACCGCAGCUUCUCUGGGAUACCACGAGGCUGUGGGUAUCCCUCAGGCGAACAGGAUAAAACUGUCGGAGGAGAACCUGAUGGCUGACGAUGCGAGCAGAAUCGUUGGUGGCAGUUUCGCGCCAGCUAACGUACAUCCGUACUUGGGUGGCCUAAUCAUCAGCUUAGAAGGAAUCUCAGGCAACUCAGUGUGCGGGUCAACUCUGAUCUCUGCCAACCGCCUGGUGACCGCAGCGCGAUGCUGGUUCGACGGCAGACACCAGGCGACUCAGUUCCUGGUCGUCCUCGGCUCUCAGUACCUGUUCUUUGGUGGGACUCGCAUACCCACCAGUACAGUGAUCUCCCACCCUCAGUACAGUCCUGCUACCCUGGUCAAUGAUAUUGCUGUCGUGUACCUCCCGAAUAACGUGUUCUUCAAUCAGAGGAUCCAGCCUCUAGCACUACCUUCUGCCACGGAUCUUGCAGAAGAAUUCGUUGGAACAUGGGCAAUUGCUGCCGGAUAUGGCAGAACUAGCGACCAACAAACCAGCAUAUCGACGGGCACCCAGAUAAGCCAUGUGACCCUGCAAGUACAGAGUGUGGCGCAGUGUCAGAGCCUGCUGGGGUUGUGGGUGCAGCCCAGCAUGCUGUGUACCAGCGGCGCGGGCGGCGUUGGUAUCUGCGCAGGAGACACCGGGGGCCCGCUCGUUCUCAACCGCAACGGACAGAAUAUUCUGGUGGGAAUUGCGUCGUUCACAUCUGACCUCGGUUGCCAGGUUGGCUUACCAUCUGUCUUUACCAGAGUCACCAGCUAUAUCAGCUUCAUCAUCCAGAACAUUUGAAGACAAUGGAAGACAUUAGCGAAGCAGAAGUUGGCAACCAUGUUAACAGUUAUUUUUCUUACGUUACUUUGAUUUUAACAUUGAUGAUCGCUAAAGCUUGUGAUGUGUGGAUACUUUGUUCAUCUGGCAAUGGAUCUACCUCUGACUAUGUUACGUUAAUCGAUAAUGGUCGCCCUAAUAAAAUAUUCUGAAAAAUAUAA